UUCGUGGUGAGAGGAGCAGUGCGUCGGUGUGGCCUUGACGAGGAAACUAGCAAUGAGGUCAAUACUGUUAGCCGUCUCCACCCCUCACGUCAACCAUUUCCACAGGCCAAAAAGAAGAUCCGUUGAGUUCUCAUGGUUGUUAUUUUAGGCUCACGGUACAGAAGAAGGAUCAAACGACCACCAGGGUCAAGAAAACUACCCAUGGAAAUGCCCGUAACCUCUACGAAAGUCUUUGGGAGUGGAGUGUGUAAGCCCCCGAAUACUUGAGAAUAUGCCCCGAAAAAUCAAUGUAAGUGUAAUGCGUGGAAGGAUAUCAGUGAGGAGGUGGAUGUGGACAGAGGUGAAGAAAUAAGAGACAUUCAGUAUAUAUAGAAGGAAGUGAUGAGAAAUGAAACCUAUAUGGGUAUCGAAAUCGAAAAGAUCUACGGUGUUCAUUGGUGUGCGUUCAAGACCUUAAUGUUGGACGGAGUGAAACCACACCGAACGCCAGACGCUGGAGUUAGGUGUUGGCCACGUGCGUGUGUGUGUGUGUGUGUGGCCGCCCGUCUCCUCUGCCCCGCCCCGCCGCGCCCCGUCUCUCGCCCCACAGGAAGUCAGGAUUACCGCAUCGCCCUCAGGAUGUACCCCCGCCGCGAAAUCCUGGACGCCCACCACCCCUACGCCAGCCACUCGGGUCGUGACGGUCUGGGAGAAGCAAGCGGAGAGAGACGAGGAAGAGAGAGGAACCCAACACUUGACGGAAAAUCUGCUCUCAUCAAAAGAGCAUAAGAACAUAAGACGUUGAUUAACACGCGUGGUGAUCUUCCUAUUGCAUCACCACCACUAACAGCAGUCUCGACGUGACGCCAGCAGCCUCAGCACUUGCUAGGCAUUACACGUAGCAUGCACGCACGCACACACACAGCUUAAUGUUAGCGUAAUACGUAACGCACACACACACACACACACACACACACACACACACACACACACACUACUUAAACAUUAAAGAAGAACAGGAAGAAGAAAAAGAAAAAAACUAACGAGAUAAAGAAAAUAUAUAAAAUUGAGUAAAAAGAAGAAAAAGAAGAACAAGAAAAAGAAGAAAUAUAGUUCUGUAAAAAGAAAAGAGGAAGAAGAAAAAGAAGAAAUAUAGAAAUGUGAAAAAGAAAAAUAGAGGAGAAGGAAAAUAAGAAAUAACAAAGAAAAGAAAAAAAACUACCUCACCAACCACCACAACCACCACCAAUACCACCAAAAUGGACUUCGACGAGAUUCUACCCGACCUCGGCGAGUACGGGACCUACCAGCGCCUCGUCCUAUGGUUCCUGCUGCUGCCGGGGACCAUGCCGUGCGGGUUCCACGCCUACAACCAGCUCUUCAUGGCCUCCACGCCCGACCACUGGUGCCGCCUGCCCGCCGACGACCUAGGAAGCUUAGAACACCUGUCCCGGGAAAUGGUGAAGAAUCUAAGCAUCCCGUACGACAACGCGACCCACCAGUACAGCCAGUGCCGGAGGUAUGACUAUAACAUCACACGGUACUGGGAACUAACACAGGGGGCAGCCACGGGGCCUCCUGAAGGGGCUGAGGUCGUGGACUGUGACGCAGGCUGGUACUACGACUUGGAGGAACACGCUACUUCGGUGGUGGCUGACUGGGACCUGGUAUGCGGGCGUGACUUUUUACCCACUCUCGGCCUCGUCCUGCUCGGCGCCAGCGGCCUCGUCGGGAACUACAUCUUCGGUUACAUACAGGAUGGGUGUGGCCGCCGCCCUGCCUUCUUCAUCUACCUGGUCGUGCAGUGCGCCUUCGGGAUCGGUACCGCCUUCGCCCCCUCCUUCAUCUGGUGGCUCGUCUGUCGCAUGGGCGUGGGCUUCACCGUGCCUGCCAUCAUGUCCACGCCCAUGGUCCUCGCCAUCGAGUUGGUGGGUCCCUCCCAGCGCACCUACACCACCGUGGUAAUGAAUGUGGCUUAUUCCUGCACCCUGAUCCUGCUGGCGGGCGUGGCCUACAUGGUGAGGGACUGGGCGCAGCUGUCCCUGGCCACCACCAUUCCCUUCCUGGCCUUCCUACUGUUCUGGUGGGUGCUGCCAGAGUCUCCCCGCUGGCUGCUGGCGAAUGGGCGUGUAGAUGAGGCUGAGAAGAUCAUGGAGAAGAUGGCAAGAGUCAACGGCAAGAAGCUGCCCCAGAACUACAUGGCAAACCUGAGGAGGAAGUUCGAGGUGGAGCAAUAUAUGGCCGGCAAGGAGGACAAGCCCGCCAGUUCCCAGAAGACCUAUGGCGUGAUGGACCUCUUCAGGACGCCCAACCUCUGCCGCAAGACUCUCAUCAUAACCUUCAUUUGGUUCACCAACACCUCUGUCUACGUUGGUCUGUCCUACUAUGCCCCAGCGCUAGGAGGGGAUGCCUACCUCAACUUCUUCCUUGCGGGCGUUGCUGAGCUGCCCACGUACCUCUUCCUGUGGCCCUCCAUGGAAUACUGGGGCCGCCGCUGGACGCUCUGCUUCUCCAUGGUGGUGGGCGGCAGUGCAUGUGUCGCUACGGUGGUGACCCAGGAAGACCCGACUGUGACGCUGGUGCUCUACUGUAUCGGCAAGUUCGGCAUCUCAUCGUCAUUCGUUGUACUGCCUCUCAUGGCCUCGGAGCUGUACCCGACGGUGGUGCGGGGCAUGGGCCUGUCUGUGUCAGCUGUGGCGGGCAUGAUAGGGCCGGUGGUGAUCCCUCUCAUCAACCAUUUGGGCUCGGAGAUGAUGGUGCUGCCCCUGAUCAUCAUGGGCGUGCUGCUGAACUUGGGCGGUGUGUUCUCCCUGCUGCUGCCCGAGACACUCCACCAGCACCUACCACAGACACUGGAGGAAGGGGAGGAGUUUGGCAAGCACUGGACCCUGGCGGACUACUGUGUGUGCUGCCCUCGGAGACCCGGCAGCAAAGCACCGACAACAGACUACGCAGGCGACAUCUCCAAGCAGGGCGUUGCUGGUAGCUCCCUCCUGCCCCCCAUGGCGCCAGGCGGGGGUACAGAGGCUGCAGGAGAGGCCGACCUGAGACAGAGGAGCCCCAGACACCCCCUGGAGAAUGGCAGGAAGAAUCAGGAGGCAGAAGAGGAGGAGGAAGAGGGAGAGGAGAGGACAGGGCUUGUUACAUCUAGUCGGAAAGUUACUGUUGUGUAGUGAUUGAUGGGAGGAGGAGGAGGAGGAGGAGAGGAAAUGUGCUAGCCAGGCAUUCAACCAUUACCCAGUCAGUCACCCACCCAGCCAUACAGUCAGCCAAUCAGUCAACCAGUCAUACAAUCAGCCAGUCUAUCAGCAACCCACUCAACCACCCAGUCAGUCACUCAGUCAACCUAUUACAACGUAACGAAGGCGGAGACACAGUCAUUAACGAAGCUAACCUAACCUGACCUAACCCAGCCUUCGUCAAGCCUCAUUAUAGUCUUUAAAAUCCCAUCUACAUCAGUGACAUCAUAACCAGUUGAAAUAUGUAACCACUGAGCUCUCUCCUUUUUAUCUCACUUGUCAUGUUACCUACCUCAGAAGAGAAUUUUCUUUUUUCGAUUUAAGACUGUAAAUAUGUGUAAUGUAUGAAUUAUUGAUUUCCUAAUGGUUGUAUAGUAUUGCAAGCGCUCCCUUAACCCCUUGACUGUGGAUUUCCUACAAGAAGACCUCACCAAGCAACAGGAAUGGAACAAACAGUGGCUGCUACAAUUCAAUGAAGAAAAAUGUAAAGUCCUGCACCUUGGGAGGGGAUAUCCAGCAUACCAAUACCACAUGCAAAACACUCCACUAUCCAGCACAGAGGCAAGGAAAGACCGGGGACUAUAUGUUACCAGGCUACCAGUGAAAGCCAAAUCCAUGCUAAUCACAGCGGACAGGUUAAGUAAGAAGUGUCACUUUUUACCAACCCUAAAAACAGUGUCAGAAGCUUAAAUCGAAACUGUCCUUUGCCAUUGUUGAAUUUUACAUAUUCUCUCAUUUCCAGUCACUUUUUUUUUUUGGCUAUUUGCUUCAUGCCAUUACUGAGUGGAGAAAAUGUAAGUACAGUGAUUCCUUGGUUUACGAGUCCCUUACUUUACGAGUGCUUUGAUUUACGAGCAAGAAAAUUUAACUGAAAAUGCAUUGGUUUACGAGCGGUGACUUGGCGUACGAGCAUCCUGUGUUUGUACAAGUCGAAGCAGACGUGAGAGAGGGUUCCCUAUGUACGCUGCAAGACGAGAGCGCUCGGAGCGGAAAAUGAUCGGAAUUUUGAUGGGGUCUCGGCUUGCGUCAUACACUCGCAGAGGUUGCCCCCGCACACUCGUGUCCGCUUAUACGUUUUUGCUCUAGUGUGCGAUCUGUGUGUUUUGAGCACUAUAUUUCACUUACAGUUUUCGUUCACAAGUUUUUUGGAUUUGCGAGUGGCAUUCCGUAAAUAAUUCUGCUCAUAAACCGAGGAAUGACUGUACUUUUUUCUUUGGCUAUUUGCUCCUUGCUAUAAUGAUGUAGCUGUUAACUCAUAAAUGUGGCUCAGAAAGAGAGGAGGAGAAGAAAGAGGAGGAGGCGGAGGAGAAAAGUAAGAAGAGGAGGAGGAGGAG